AACGGUGGCGCCAUUUCAGAAGUAGCGCCAUAACUUAAGUGGUGUAAACAAUAUACAAAACAACAUGGGAAAGUUAGUAGUACUCUCGGUUGUGGUGGCAGUUUUAGCGCUACUGAUUGGAGAGCGAUUUUAUGCACUAAGAAAUACAGCUUUGGGUUUUCGAGAACUUACCCAAAAUCACCUUCCUAACUGUGAGCUGAUAAAAGGAUUAGAGAUUGGAGCUGAAGACAUCACCGUAAUUGAAUAUAGGCUGGCUGUCAUAAGCACUGGCCUGAAGUAUCCAGGAAUGCCUCGUCUUUCUGAUGCACCUGGAAAGAUCUAUGUGCUCAAUCUGGCCUCUGGAAAAGAUCCUACAGAGCUCCACAUUAAGGGGGACUUUGAUGCAGCUUCUUUUGGCCCACAUGGAAUCAGUGUAUAUACAGAUGAAGAUGGCUCUCGAUAUUUAUUUGUGGUGAAUCAUCCACAUGACAACAGCCAGGUUGAGAUAUUUCAGUAUAUCGAAGAGGAGAAUACUCUAGUUCACAUGAAGACUAUAAAGCAUGAGUUGCUGCAUAAUGUGAAUGACAUUGUAGCUGUAGGAGUGGAGAAUUUUUACGCCACUAAUGACCACUACUUCACCAACGAGUACCUGAAGCUUCCGGAAAUGCUGUUCUCUCUGCCCUGGUGUAAUGUGGUGUAUUAUAGUCCUGAAGCAGUUCGUGAGGUGGCAGGAGGAUUUUUCGGGGCCAAUGGAAUCAACAUCUCCCCUGACAGAAAGCAUUUGUAUGUGUCCGAUUUAAUGAAUCACCAAAUCGUUGUGCUGAUCAUCCAGAAAGACAAUGUACUGUCCCGUGUGAAGGAAGUUGCCGUAGGCUCCCUGUGUGACAAUAUUGAAGUGGAGAGUAAAACUGGAGACUUGUGGAUGGGUUGCCACCCAAAUGGAGUUAAAUUUUUUCUACGUGAUCCAAAUGAUCCACCUGGAUCAGAGGUCAUUCGUAUUCAGAAUAUCCACUCCGACGAGCCAGUGGUGACUCAAGUGUACUCUGAUAAUGGCAGCGUGCUCAUAGGAUCUUCAGUGGCUACUCCAUACCGAGGGAAACUCCUUAUCGGAAGUGUUUACCAAAAAGCCCUGAUGUGUGACCUUGAGUAGAACAUACACGCACACAACAUCGAACACUGUUCUGCAUCACUACAGUGCCUCACAUACAGAUUGGAAACAAAGUGUCUUUGAGAGCCCUGGCAGAGAUUUGACAUGUCUCCAGAACUGUGCUGGAGAAAGUGACAGUGUUCUUCCCAAAGAUUCCGCUCAAUUGGUAGUUUAAUGGUGGUAUUAGAUGCUAUUUUACACAUUACUUUAGUGUUUAUUUGAGGUUUGGGUACAUGGUCAUCCUGGGGAAAAACAAAAAAAAAAAAAAUUCAAUCAUCUUUUUCUUCAAUUUGUCACUUAUCUGUAGGUGUGUCCUAUAUCAGGAAAUAGGUUUUCACAGUAUUGUGUAUACAUCAUCUCUAUGGGAUUCUCACAGAUGUGUACUUAGUCAAAAUAAAUAAAAUAAAACUCCCAUAUUCAUAAGUUAGCCUGUUGGCUAAAUAUUAUAUGGAAUAUGAUAUAUAUACAUAGAUACAAAAUAAUUAAAGUAAUUUUCACAUCUAAAAUUUUAGUGAUGUGAUUAACCUCUACUAAUUAAACACACUGCACACUACAGACAACAGUGGCAAAAUAAGUAGCAAAGCACAUGGAUGUAGCAGCAAAUAAAACAUAAAGGCAUUGGUCACUAUGACCUUGAAUUAAUUUGAAAAUCUUUAAAAAAAAUAAAAUAAUAUAAAUAUCCAUAACUGUUUUGAUGUUUUACAGUAAUGUUUGCCGUGAAAAAGUAUUUGAUUAUUUCAUUUAUUAAGGAAUAAAAAAGCUGUCCAAACCUAAUUUGAACAAUGGUUUGCUGAAGUCCCAAAAGUCUUAGAAAUGGCUUGGCCACCCUUUCCAGACUGAUACAUGUCAAUUACUUUCUCAUCUGUUUUCGUUUCUCAUUUCUGUUGAUUUUGAUUCUUGAUUUGUUCUUUAAACCGUAUUGCUUCUUUUAUUGUGCUUCACUUUGUCAGAUGGGUUCGAUUUAAAUGUUUUCUUGAUUCAACAGGUCUGGCAUUGGGGGGAUUACUUUUUCAAUUACUUUUCCCACAUAGUGCAAGCAAGGGUUAAACAGCUUUUUGUAUUUACUCGGAUUAUCUUUGUGUGAUACAGUAUUAAAAUUUGCCUUUAAAUUGUGUAACAUCGGAUAAGAGCUGCGGGGACCCUUUUAUAAGAUGCUGGAAUUUUGGCCAUUUCCUCCUGAAAGAACUGGUGUAACCGAGUCAGAUUUGUAGGCCUGCAACAAAGAACAGUGCUAAAAAAAAUCAUUAUUUUUUAUGUCUUUAACCUAAGUGUGUGUAAACAUUUGACUUUAACUGUAUUACCAGGCUAGACUAAAUAAUUUAAGGUUGGUAUAAAACAGACAUAAAAUCUAAAGAAACAUUAAUCAUAAAUAUGGGUUGUAAAAAAAAAAAACUGGUUGAGAUAAAGUGGGGAGCACAGGUACAAGUUUUUUUUUUUAUUAGUGGGUAAUUAUAGAAUGUACUAGUUUUAAUAAUAUACUUAUUAUUAUUAUUAUUAUAUAUUUUAUAUUUGGUAUUGCAUACAGUUGUGUUUGAAUGGCCAUAAAGCUAAUGCUGUGAUUUACUUUAUACUGUGAACUCUAGUUUAAGAGCUUACAAUAUGUUCAAGAAUGUUAUGUUCAAGUAAAGUCAUAAAGAUAUCUUUUGAUCAUCAUAGUUAAUGCGCCAAAAAAAGCAAGCUGUUAGUUUUCAGUUUUUUUUUACCCUUUUACAUUUUCUACAUUUUGUUGUGUUUCACACUCACCUUAAAAUGUAAAUGUAAAAUGUACCCCCCCCCACAUCAUCUGCAUACAAUUCCCCAUAAUUACAAAGUAAAAAAAGAGUGUUUCAUUAAUUUAUUAAAAUAAAGAAAUGUUCAAUUUA